GAUUGCUGCGUCCUGCGCUCCCCAGCCACAGUCUCCUAGAUUUUUCCUACGGAGCUGAGGACGGGGAGAAGUCCCGCCGCCGAGUCCAGCCUUUCCCCGGCGCGCAGCCCCGACGGGGCCGCGGCAGGCGCGGUGAAAGCGCCGACGGAGCCAUGAGAGAGUACAAAGUGGUGGUGUUGGGCUCGGGCGGCGUGGGCAAGUCCGCGCUCACCGUGCAGUUCGUGACGGGCUCCUUCAUCGAGAAGUACGACCCCACCAUCGAGGACUUCUACCGCAAGGAGAUUGAGGUGGACUCGUCGCCGUCGGUGCUGGAGAUCCUGGACACGGCGGGCACGGAGCAGUUCGCGUCCAUGCGGGACCUGUACAUCAAGAACGGCCAGGGCUUCAUCCUCGUCUACAGCCUCGUCAACCAGCAGAGCUUCCAGGACAUCAAGCCCAUGCGGGACCAGAUCAUCCGCGUGAAGCGGUACGAGCGCGUGCCCAUGAUCCUGGUGGGCAACAAGGUGGACCUGGAGGGCGAGCGCGAGGUCUCGUACGGCGAGGGCAAGGCCCUGGCGGAGGAGUGGAGCUGCCCCUUCAUGGAGACGUCGGCCAAAAACAAAGCCUCGGUGGAUGAGCUGUUCGCCGAGAUCGUGCGGCAGAUGAACUACGCGGCGCAGCCCAACGGCGAUGAGGGCUGCUGCUCGGCCUGCGUGAUCCUCUGAGGCGCCGGUGGCCGCCGCGCGCCGGCCGCGCUCUGCGCACAAAAGCCAAACGCACCCGACUCUCUAAAUGUGAUUUUUCUUCUUGCUUUGAGAUUGGAGACGGUUUUGCAUUGGCCAGGGUGACCCGGGAGCCCGGUUGGCCUCUGCGGCCGGCGUCCCCAGCCUCCUCCCCUUGUCCGAAGGGGUAUCCGGUCCUGACCAUCCGAGACUCGGUGGAAAUGUGGCUCUUUGCAGCAUGUACGUUUCUCAUUGAUUUUGGUUGACGUAUAUUUCCCCCUGUAAGUAGCGUUUAGGGCGCUGUAUUGGCAGCUUGACACCAGCAAGCGAAAGUUUCAACCAGGAAAAAAAAAAUGGGGUGGGGGAGAAAGAGGACAGGGAGAAGGUGGAAAGGGGGGGAUUUUUUUUUUUUUUUUUUUUUUUUUGUCAACAAAACCGUUUUCUAGUUCCAAGUUUUAAAUACAUGGAAGGAAGUCCGGGAGAACCAAAUGAAGGAGCAGGAGGAGGGGAAGAAACUUUUGGGUUUUUUUCCUUGUUUUCCAGGAGUAGCUGGAAAUUAUGAUCAGGUUCUUUUUCUGCCAGCUUGGAAGGGCAACCCCGUGACUGAUUGCGAUUUGAGGAUGUCUAUGCAAAGUUGGAUUCUUGUUACAGUGUAUCCAAUCUGAACUAUUGCACAUCAGAACUGACUUGUUAACACUGAUGCCAAUACAGUGUGGGGUGCCAGAAAGUGUCUGCUGAUAUUUGUGGGAAAAAAAAAAUCUAUUUUGUUUACCUACUGUAUCAAAGGGGAGUCUGGGGGAGAACGGUAGUAUUUUUUUUUAUCAGCUGUGAAAAAAAAUGUUACAGAUCUGCACAUCUUUGUGUGUACUAUUGUGUGUGUGUGUGUGUGUGUGUGUUUCUUUAAGUUUAGUUUUUUGUUCUUACUGGUUGACAGUAACAGAUUUUGAUGACUAGCUCUUUAAAAUACAGGACAAAGACUUCACAAAUGUGAUUCAGGGCCCCCAGCACCCCUGUGUCUGCAGAGUGCCUUCCAAACUCAGCUGUUCCAGCCGGUGCCAACCUGUGAACUUCCCACCCUGUCCCAGAAUCUGCUGUUCCCCACACCACUUUCCAGUUUCCUUUCAGUAAUCUUCCUGAAGGAGACAGGACAAUAGGUCCUGUUGUUCUGUGAAUGUCUUCAUUAUGUCCAGCCUUUAACAUGUAAUUUCCAUGUCUUGCAAUGGUUUCUAUUCUUUUCUAUUUUUUUUCGUUUUCAUUUUGUUCAAAUGUUCAGGUAUUUAGCUCCCCUUUUAUAUUAUCAUUAAAUUCUUUUGGUUAUCUGUUAAUAGGGUGUUCCUCCAGAAGCUAAGAGCAAAAUUUUACUGUUGUGAUGUACCAAGAGAAUUCUAACAAAUUGUAAUUUUUAAUUCCAGACACAUUGUCUCGUCAUUUUAAGACUUUUAAUACAGAUGUCAUUUUUAAAGAAACCCAAAACUAUUGUUUGUGUUUCUGUGUUUCAUAUUCAGUAUCAUGGCUGAGGUGGACAAGGGCAGGUGGUCGUGCCUGCCCCAAGAGGUGUUUGUCAGAUUUUGAAGACAAGUAACUCAUUGGCAACUUGAGUGACAUUACUCCCAAAUCCUUAAAUAAUAGGAAAAGUCAUCAAGGUCUAGGAAGCCCUGGGGUGUGGCCAUGCCGGCUUACUACAUUUGUUCUGCUGACAAGCAACAGCUUACCUCACUGUAGGUAAGGAAGGGAGAAUCCAAAUGCUAAUACUGCCUGCCUUUGGUCUGGGAAAGUAACCAUCCACCUGACCAGGCAGAGUAGCACUUACUGUUUUGUUUAAAUUAGGUCACCUACCAAUUCCAAAGGAUGUUUGGGGAAGAUGAUUUCUAUUCUGAAGUCAUAUACCUAAUAGUGUUUUCUGCAGUACAUUUUGUCCGGGUUGUAGACAAUAUCUCAACCCUUCUGAGGUUUUGAUUUGGAAAUAGAUCAUUAGAUUUAAAAGGAAGAGGGAAAAAAAAAAUCUAAGGCAAAAAAAACAAACCCUUGCUCUCAUUACAGUUUGUGGACCAUUUUGACCUCAUGAAAUUUUCUAACAGUAGGAGGCAGUGUGAGCUUUUUAUUUUCCGUUUUAUUUUUCUCAAGGGCCACUUUAAUAAUAUAACCUCUGUAGAAUAAAAGAAAGUUUAUGGCUGUAUAUCAGGAGCACUUGAUAUACCUUAAGCCUAUGAGUGUAGAUGAAAUCUUCUCAAGGGUCGUUUGAAAAGGAUUUAUUCUGUUGAAGCCAAAAGAAAUUACAGGCCACAGGUUUCUUUAAAGCUGUAUUAACAUAUCUUGCCUUAAAAUGUGCCCUUUGCCCAAGUGACAUGUCAGUAUUCCAAGGUGGAAGAGGAAGAGAGAAUUUUGCCUGUGAUGGUCCUAUGCCAUUUUUUCACUCGAUCCUACUUAAGUUUAGUAUCAAACUCAGUUGGAAGGCAAUAUAUAUAUACAUACAUAUACAUACACAUAUAUGUAUGUAUGUAUAUAUGGUCCUAAAUGUAGAAAUUAGGGGGUACUACUCAAAUUUAUGCCUUUGCAAAGAUUCCUUCCUGCAUUUGAAUACAUUCGGUUGCUUCAGAUCUAAAGCUGAAAAUUCUGAAGACAUAUCAAGUACUAUGAAGGAUUUUUUUAAAAAAGGCAUCUGUUGACUGUUUCUUAUGGUUUGGUUUUGUUUUGUUUCUUGGAAGCCUUUUGACCUAAAAUGGUGCCAAGUAUCUAACUAACUUAAGAAAUGUAUGUACUCCUGACAGCGAAUACUUGAAAAUGGAAAAUUGGAAAUGAAAUAGGUUGCUGGGUGCAUUAAUCAUCUCUGCACAGGAUUUAGUCACUUGCAUGACUAAAUUCUUUAUAGGUCUGGCAUGGCAGGGCAGAAGAUUUUAAUACGGUUUUCCUGAGUACUGUAAAAUAAAUGCUUUUUGGAUUCUCAAUGAAAGCAGUUUUGUGUGUUCCUGGAGCAGGAAAAUAGUAGUUCUGAGUUUUGUAGCCUUCUCCAUUAUUUUCUUGACAAAAUUGAGAGAAAUGAAGGACAUUGUUUUUAAGACUAUGUCAGUUUAUUUAGCUAGUAAGAAUCUCUUGUAGUAUUAUGAUACAAAGAAAUAAGAACAUUUGGAUGAAAAAGUUGGGCUGACUUGAGUAUUAAAGGGAGGAAGAAGUUGGCUGUAAGGCAAUCACCUGUCAAAACAGACACUGGGUGGGAAAAGUUAACUUUUAAACUUGACCCCUGCUGUUUUUCUUUUCCUUUUGGUCCUGACAGUCAUUCAGGCUUCAUGUCAUUUCAAAGGAUUAUUUUUGUCCUUUUAUAAUAGCCUCAGAGAAGUUGAAGGUAUCAUCUUAAGUCUAACAUUUUUGUUUGGGAGUCAUGGUUCUCGGGUAAAACAAUUUCCAUGUUAACUGUUGAAACAGAUUGCAUUGAAUCACAUGUUAGGAAAAGACCUAUUUGGGGUUAGAAUAUCUGUAUGAGGCUUUAUGUUUUCCUGUUAGUUAACCUUCCCUAUCGGUGGGAAUCCUAAAAUGCCUCAUCUAUUUGAACUGUUAAUGUUUUCACCAGCGUGUUAUUGCACCCGUUUUUGAGUUGUAUUUCAGUAUUUCUUACAGGUGGGAUGGGAAAGUGAGAGAAUGCUAUAUGGAGCAGCUGAUCUUGAGAAACAGAUGCAAAACGCUGGCACCCUUUCAUAAAAGCAUAUAUUUUCACAAUAGCUGGAGUAUGAAGGAAACAUUUAAUUUGGAGAUCAUCACUAUUAGUUAAAAUGAUAUCGAGCAUUUGUCACAGUGUCUACUUAAUUGGGAAAAGCUUGCUAAUUGAAAUUUUGUCCUUGUGAAAAUGUAGCAAAUUUUUAAAUACUACUAGAAGAAUGGGGUAUUCUUGAUUAGGAUAUUUUGCUCAGACAACUAGGAAUAACUGAACGCAUUUAAUUGAACAUGGUGCUAGUUCUAGAAGAUACAUGUGAUCUAAGAACAGUAGGAUUUUGAUAGUUUGAGAAGGCUUUAAGGAUCAUCUAGUCCAGAGGUUCUCAAACGUGACUACACACCCAGAUCACCUGGAGGUUCAAAAAGAUAUUGCUGAGGCCCUUCCUCUCAUUUCUUAGUAUGAUCUCAUAAUUUUCAUUUCUAACGGGUUUCCAGGUGAUGGCGAUAUGGCUGUCCCAGGGACCACCACUUUGAGAAGCAGUGACCUAGUCCGAACUCCAAAUGAAUACUGUAUGGAGAGCCACCUAGAUAAUUAGGGACACAGACUUAAGACCCAUGUCCUACAUUUUAGAGAGUUGCCUAACAGAGAGUCAGACUAUCUUGAUAGAAAAAUCUAUAGCUGAAAAGGACAUGUGCCAUUGGCACGAAGGCUGUUAAACUGUUGAGUGUGAAAUGGGAUAGACACUGCAGGUAGAAUGACCACCCUUUGCAUAGCAUGGGAACAGUUUGGCAGUGGUUUUCAGUGUUAAUUCAGAAGCUGGCUAAGAAAAUGAUUAGAAUAGGGACAUGCCCUACAUAAUCAGAAUCAACAUUUCCUCCCCAAAAUUGUUUUGAAAAGAAUAUCUUUGAUACAAGGGAACACUUUCAACUAUGUAUCUUCUUUUUCCUCCAAGAUUAAAAGGCAGGAAUUUAAACUGUUUAUACUUCCUACUACAGAUUCUAAAAAAAAAUUAUAUUUGAGAAUUUAAAUCUUCAGGUCAUGGUAAGCACAUGUGUGUGUUUAUAUGUGUAUAUGUAUAUGUAUACACUCCAUUUGUUAGCCAGACUUUCCAGGAAUGAGUCAAUUCAGUGUCAUGUAAUUCUACACUAAUCCAUUCGAGACGACGCAUACAUAAAACUACGCCAUGCAUCUUGUUUUUUUAUACAUUUAAACUUUUGGAAUGGUGAGUGUUGAUCUGUUGUAUAAAUUGGAGGGGGCAGCUAUUUGUUCUCUUCCUUUGGUAUUAAACAGAAGUCUUUGAGGAAAUGUUUUUCUUAGGAGAGAAGAAAGUCUGCUUUUUAUGUCCAAUUGACUAAACUUGCUAUUUUUAAAAUGAAUUGUCUGGCGAAAAAUUAUAUGUGGCUAAGUUUAUCAGAGGUUUGAAAAUGUGUGGUUGGUUUAUUUGUGGUCAUUGUGCAAAUGUAGCAAAAAAUACGUAUUUUUUAAAUAGGAAAGAGAAAGAUUAUUGAUGCAUUGAAAAUGCAGGUGCCCAAAAAGGACCUGAGAUUAUUCCUUCCUUGUUAGAAUAUGGUUGCAGUGAAACUUGACCAACACAGCUGAAGUUGAUUUCUUCGUUAUUCAACAAGCAUUUAUUGAGCAUAUGCUAUUAACUGUGGUGUAAGGACUAAUGCUUGAAUCGGAGCAACCCGGCUGUAGAGCAACAACUUUGUGCUUUUAUCACUGUGAGCUGUGAGAAUAGUGUAUAUUAAACAAUGGGAGUACAUGGAAAAGCACAACCAAAUGUGCUGUCAAUUAUAAUCCUGUGGGUCUUUCUGGAAGGCAGUAGAGUAGAUAAAUUUGUUGAAAAUUGGAAUUUUGCUUUGAAACGUGGAUAUUGCAAAUAAGAAUGGAUCCCAUGAGAUUUAAGUAACUAACAGUUGUUUUGUUGCAUGGGGAACUCUGUAAUUUUGUGCAUCGUUUCCAACUUCUUUUUUGAGAUUAGCUAAAAUAGAACAUAUGGAAAUAGGAAAUCAGUUUGCUUUCAUAUUUUCAUGUGAAAGGGAAAAAUGGAAAAUGGAGAAAAAAAUUUAUGAAAUUUAUUCACUGUCUUUAUUUUUUUUUAAUGAAACAAAAACGGGAAGGACCAUUUAGUUCAUAUUCUUAAAGACGUAAUUGUCGGCAGACAGUCUUUUGAGGUUCUUCUUGUAAAGAAGAUUCAGGGUAGGGUAUUUCUUUUAUAAAAGAUAAUCCCUUAAAAAUGAAUGCGCCAAAGAAUGAAGCUGACGUUUUAAGUUUGCUAAGCUUAUAGUUAUUUUCUACAAAAGCUCUUGUUCUCACGCCUUUAAGUGCUUAUUGGAUGGAAGAAGGCAACCAGCUCAGAGAAAGAAACAAUGGGCAGCAAGCUGUAAGAGGUAACAAUAAUAAUAAUUAUUAUUAUAAAACCAUAAAGAUUGAAAGGAGUUGUAAUUAUUAACCUGCAGUUUGCAAAAAAAUUUUUAGUGACUUUGGAGUAUCUCAUGAAUUUAACAGCAUACUUUUUAAAUGUUGAAAGUUAAAGAAUUAUAUAAUUCAUCUGAAAGUACUUCAUUGUUUAUUUUUUUUAAAAUCUGAACACUAUAGAA